AUGGGUGAAAUCCAACCCGAGGUAGUAGCACAUCCUUCCGCAGAUGAGAUUGAUGAUGCCGUGGUAUAUCUUAAAGGCCAUGAAAAGGAGGCGCUCGACUCUCCAGUCAAUCUGCGGGCACUGCGCCGUAAAAUCGAUCGAAGAUUGAUCCCUUAUAUGUUUUGCUGCUAUGUACUGCAAUUUUUGGACAAGGUCAUGCUGAACUAUGCCGCUGUUAUGGGGAUCAAAAAAGACUUGGGACUCGUCGGCAAUGAUUUCUCCAACGUCGCCACAUGGUUCUUCAUUGCCUACUUGAUCGCGGAGGUACCCAAUGUAUAUUUCUUACAGAAAGUACCGCCUGCCAAAUGGCUCGGUGGAAAUGUUUUCCUCUGGGGUGUCGCGGCUGCCGCGUCUUCUGGCGCUCGGGGGUAUCGGAGCCUGCUGGCAGCACGCAUUUUCCUAGGCAUUUUUGAAGCGACAGUGGGACCAUCCUUGAUGCUUAUUAGCAGCCAGUACUACACUCGAAGCGAACAAGCCCCUCGGUUCACUGUGUGGUAUAUGGGUCUUGGUGUGGCACAGAUAAUUGGUGGUAUCAUAUCUUUUGGGUUCCAGCAUGUGCAUCAUGCCUUAUUAGACAGUUGGCGGAUUAUGUUUCUUGUUCUUGGAUUGGUGACGACUGUUGUCGGCGGUUUAACCUUUUUCUUCAUCCCGGAUACACCGAUGAAGGCAACCUGGCUGUCUGAUAACGAAAAGGUGGCACUCCUUCAACACGUCAGCGAAAACCAGACUGGAGUCUGGAGCGCAAAUUUGAACCUGAAACAAAUUCGGGAGGCCGUGCUCGAUAUUCAGCUGUGGCUCCUAACUGUGACAACAAUUCUGAUAUCCGUGUCAAGUGGUGUGGUGACGACAUAUUCCUCGACAUUGAUUGCCGGAUUUGGUUUCUCGGGUCCCAUCUCGGCGCUUCUCAACACGCCGUCGGGCAUCGUUAGCAUCUUUUUCACACUUCUCGUCGGGUUUGGCAUCCGCAGAACUUCCAAUCGCUGGGCAUGGAAUAUACUCUGUACCAUUCCUGGAAUCAUCGGCGGGGGCUUACUAUCCUUCCUACCCAAAAGCAACAAAGCCGGUGUGCUGAUCGGGAUUUAUCUUGUCAACGCAAUUGUAGCUACUCUUCCGAUUCUAUACCAGUGGACCAUGGCCAACUGCGCUGGACAUACCAAGCGUGCAUUUGCUAGCGCGCUUGUUGCUGGGUCUUUCUCGGUCGGAAACAUCAUUGGUCCACAAACAUUCCAGUCACACGAUGCACCAGAAUACCGACCGGCCAAGAUUGCUGUUCUUGCAACUCAGGCUGCGGCUGCUUUACUGUCUGUCGUCCUCUUUUUCUAUUACAAGUGGCAAAACCACCGCAGAGAUCAGACUAAGAGCGGUGUUGAUGCGGCGGACCAGACUCGGUGGGCUGGGCUGACUGAUAAGCAAAAUCAUUCCUUCCGUUACGUCUACUGA